AUGUGCUCUCGAGCCGGUGCUUCGACGAGUCAAGCAGUUUUCCACACAUCCACCAUGAAUUCGGUGCUACCAAGGGCUAAACCACUCAUCGAGGAGUUACCGCCAACACCUAUAAGAAAGAAAAACCGCCCAGACACUCAAAUAUUGGAUUUGUCUGAGAAAACGCACAAAAAGGACAUUGACAUCAUUGUAACAGACCAAUACUUUCAACAAUGGUAUAAAAUGGAGACGAAAGCGUUGGCUGCCGACUAUUUGUCACUGUGCAAGUCGAAAUUAAGUCUUUUCGUAGCUUCUACAGCUACUUGUGGAUUUUGA